UGCGACUCAGUCUAUAUAGUUUCAUCCUUAUUUUUCUCAGGAGGAAACGAUGGGAAUUGGAUCGAAAAAUACAGACAAAGUUGCCACGCCUAAUUUCUGUCGCUAAUUCGACUCCUUUCCUUGUGCAGAGUACUACACAACGUGGAACGGCUUGUACCUAUAACCAGCAAACAGAUCUUCUUGGUUGUCAUGAGAUCUUCCAGUUGCUUUGUUUAUCCGUCUCACCGUUUCUCCUCGUUUAUAAUCCUUAUUCUACUUCCUAUAAUGGCCGCGGCGAUCACCUCCCCCGUCUACAUAGACUACAACGAAUUCUUUAUAAACAGCAGCAACAUCCUCGCCGUUCCCUAUGAGGAUGUUACUGCCGCUUUUAGGACGCCUGUCACCAACUAUUCUACAGCUAUAGAUGGCUUCGACUGGACGCAGCCGUAUCCGGGAUCUCGCAGAGACGGUCAUAUGGCAUACCUCGAGAUUGCCCAGGAAAUGUCCUUAUCGGCUUCUAUCGUGGAAAAUUCAACCACUGUGCUGUCAUCCCUGACGUUUGGGAUUCCCGGUAGCAUGAGCUCUGGCCGCCAGCCACUGGCCAUGGACGCUUCAUGGUACAUCUGUCGCCACGUCUUCAUCUCUACGAGGCCUGAGGCGAAGCUGGCCGUUGACGGUGGUACCAAGUGCGAUUUUCUAUCCCAAGAAUGCCAGGCUGAUCUCAAGACCAGCCUGACUCAGGAUUGGGGAAAGGCAGCAGAGGGUACCAUGUGUUCGGCACUGGGCUUUGACCCAAUCCCACCGAGCUGCCAGGAGUCGUUUGGCUUUGCCCGUCAGGAUGUCAUAGCUUUUGAUGCUGCCUUCCUCGCAAAUACCACCCUGGCCCCAGUACUGACGAAUAGAGAGCAGCAGCAAUACAGCUGGCGAAUCGGCACCGGAUAUCAUAAUCCUGGCGAUGCAAGCGCUUAUGCCUUGGCCGCCAACCGGACGUACCUCGUGGCUACUGUCUGGGGCUACAGUCAGAGUGCAAAGCACAUUCAAGCCCCCGAAGUAUCGUUUGGCUGCCUUUCGUCUGGCGCAAGCUAUAUCCCGCGACCUCCCUCCCCUUCAUCAUCCACCGUGGCUACAGCGUCUCCAUCGACUUCUCUUCUCCCAAUGGCAACGGCGUCUUCAUCCUCCGGGUCUCAAACACUAACGCCGGCCCGGAUAGCUAUAAUGGGUAUUAUGCUGGUAUUGGGGACGCACAUGUUGUCCUAGGUCGCGCGUACAACAAAUGGAAUGAGCUCAAGAUAAUUCAGG